UGUAGCUUUGCAGAAGUGUCUGCAGGAACCUCGGGAAUGGGGUUGUGGUUGAGAAAUGAAGCGGGGUCAAAAACAGCAGAUACAGGCUACUGAGGAAAAGCCAAACUAAGACUGUGUUUUGGACAAACCAAGACAAAGACAGUGAGAAGAAGAGGGAAGUUGUGAGGAUAAUCCUAGGACGAGAGAGGAAUUCCCCUAAGCAUACAGAGACGACACUGCUUAGGAGCUCAGGGCGCAUUUUUUAACUAAAUAAGGGAUGAAACAAAAAACUUUAAAAGGAUGAAUAAUGCAGUAGCGUGGAGCAGUUCGGAAUGAAAGGCAUGAAAUGAGCACACUUUGAUACUCCCAGGCCGCUGUGAGAGGGAGAUAUGAGCAAGUCUGAAGUCACAGAGACAACGCCCUUCACCCUGGAGACGGAUGACAGGAGCGAUGAGGAGAGGUCCGAGGGCAAAAGUGUUAAAAAGGACCGGGUGGCGAUGGCCCUGGGGGGCUCUGACAAGGGCCCAGCCCCCAUGGACUCUGACUACCAGGAGGAGCUGGGAGAAGCCAAGCCAAAAAUCAAAUUCAAUUUGAACUUUGACAAGAAACUACGAGGUGCUGAGGGGAGCGAGGAUCAGAAUGAAACCAGGAAAUUUGAUGUUAAGAAGCUGUUUGAUGCGGUGUCAAGCAGGGACGUGGCCCAGCUUCAGGGACUGCACCACUACCUGCACCGGACCAUGAAGCACCUCACCAAUUCAGAAUAUCAACCCAAUGGUAAAAAUGCACUCCUGAAAGCUCUCCUCAACCUAAGAGAUGGUAGGAAUGAUACCAUAGAAUUUCUUCUUGACAUUGCGGAGAAAAUGGGAGAUUUACAGAAGUUUGUGAAUGCAUCCUAUACAGACAGUUAUUAUAAAGGACAGACAGCCCUCCAUGUUGCGAUUGAAAGGCGGAGCUCAUACUACGUGCAGCUGCUGGUCAAAAAAGGAGCUGAUGUCCAUGCCAAAGCCUGUGGAAAAUUCUUCCAGAUUCAUAAUGGAACAUACUUUUAUUUUGGCGAGCUGCCGCUGUCAUUGGCGGCCUGCACCAAUCAGCUGGACAUCGUGGAGUUCCUCAUGAACAACCCCUAUCAGAGCGUGCGCAUCACUGAGACGGACUCCCAGGGCAACAUGGUGCUGCACGCGCUGGUCAUGGUCGCUGACAACACCCCUGAGAACACUGACUUCGUCACCAAGAUGUACGACGAGAUCCUCACCAGGUCGGCCAGGCUCCACCCCAAGACUAAGCUGGAGUACAUUGAGAACAAAGAGGGUCUGACCCCCAUAAAGCUGGCGGCCAAGACCGGCAAAAUCGGGCUGUUUAAACACAUGAUGCAGAGAGAGUUCAAGGAUAAAGACAUCAAACACCUGUCCCGCAAAUUCACCGAGUGGGUCUAUGGGCCUGUGCACUGCUCCCUGUAUGACCUGGCCUCACUCGACUCCUAUGAGACAAACUCAGUGCUGGAGAUCAUCAUCUAUGGCAGCGAAAUUCCAAAUCGUCAUGAGAUGCUCCAGACGGAGCCUCUCAACAGACUGCUAGAGGAUAAGUGGCAAAGGUUUGCCAGGUGGAUAUUCUUCUUCAAUUUCAUCAUUUAUGUCAUGUACGUGACUGUCUUCACCUUUACCGCUUACUACAGGAAGGAGGGAAAGCCACCAUUUCCUAUUGAGCAUUCCACAGAGGGCUACCUGCGGCUCUCGGGCCAGCUAACCUGUGUGUUGGCAUCGAUCUAUUUCUUCUGCAAAGCGAUACUGGACUUCAAGAGGAAGCCUCCGAAACUGCAGACGUUGCUGAUAGAUGGCUACUGUGAAAUUCUCUUCUUCCUGCAGGCAGUGUUCUACAUCUUUUCCUCGAUAUUGUACACCUUUGGUAAAGAGGAGUACGUGGGCUUGCUGGUUCUUUGUCUUGCCCUCAGCUGGAUAAACAUCCUCUACUUCUCUAGAGGGUCCAGACUGAUGGGAAUCUACAGUGUGAUGAUACAGAAGAUGCUCCUCAGCGACAUCGUACGGUUUCUUUUCGUCUACAUUGUCUUCCUCUUUGGAUUUUCUGCAGCUGUGGUGACACUGAUACAGGAGAAGACUAAUGCGACCAAUGUCAAACCGGUCCAAAAACCAAAUAAUCCAACGAGUAGGGCCCUGUUUGCGCCCGUGGAUGACUCUGAGGGGUGCAAGAAGCCCACCUACAACAACUUCUCAUACACCACGCUGGAGCUCUUCAAGUUCACCAUCGGGAUGGGUGACCUGGAGUUCACCGAGGACUACCAGUUCAAGGGGGUCUUCUACGUGCUGCUCAUCACCUACAUCGUGCUCACCUACAUCCUCCUGCUGAACAUGCUCAUUGCACUCAUGAGCAAGACGGUGGAGAAGAUCUCCCGGGAGAGCAAGAACAUCUGGAAGCUGCAGAAAGCCAUUACCAUCCUGGACCUGGAGAAGAGCCUGCCGAACUGUCUGAGGGAGAGGCUACGCUCAGGAGUCCAGAAGGACCUGAGCAAAACGGCCGGAGAGGACCGGCGCUGGUGCUUCAGGGUGGAGGAGGUCAACUGGAACAAAUGGAACACUGACCUGGGCAUCAUCAACGAGGACCCUGGGAACUGUGAUGGCACCAGAACACCUGGUCCAAUGAGAGGUCCAAGCUGGCGUCAGACUCUGAGAGCCUUCAGCAGGAGGCAGCCACGUCGACAAGUGGCCCACGAGAUGGACCCGUUUCCUCUUUAACAUGGCACUGCCUCACAACACAGGUACCUCUGAGGCACCCACAACCUUAUUUCAUUUCCCAAAAAUCACUGUCUCUGAAAACACCUUAUUGUGGCACGUGCAUUACAGAACCACUGAGUACUUUGAUCCAAGUCUGCAAGAACUUUUUACACUGGCUGGACCAGAUAACGACUGCCUGAAAAAUAAUUUCUGCCAUCUUUGUAUAUAAAUAUGUGUUGCUUACUCUGUGUGCAUGCCAUUCAAUCAACAAAUGUAGUGAGUCUGUUUGUUUGUAUGAAAUUGUAUGGUUAAAAUGUUAUGGUUAAAUGAUGCCAAAAAAUGCCGAAUGAACCCCUCUCUUAGAUGUGAGUUAUAUUUAUGAAAUUGUGAUGUGUGACAUAUUACGCGAUUAAG